AUGGGUGAAAAGAUGCGGCUAGAGACCAAUCACCCAAAGCCAUGGCGGCGCAUUACUGCCUGUGUAAUUUUUAUCUUCAUUUUCUGGACCCUGCUAUCUUAUUCAAGCGAUGGGCUCCAGUCUUUCAUAAAGCGCAUCUUUAACAUUACAACACCCGCCCCUUCCACUGGUACCGACGAUGGCUCCUUGUCUAGCCACGGGCCUGCCCCAACAGGUAACAGCUUUGUCUCUGGAUUUGACAUGAAGCAAAGUUGGGGGCAUUUAUCUCCUUACAAGGAUGCCGACUGGGGAGUUCCCAAGGGCGUUCCAAGGGAAGGAAAAUGCGAGCUAUCCCAAGUUCAUGUAUUGCAUCGUCAUGCUCAAAGAUAUGCUACCAACAUGCCACUGGAUGGCGGUAAUAUUCAAAAUUUCCUUGCUAAGAUCAAUGAGAGCAGCGGCACCACUGGUCCUUUGGAAUUUAUCAAUAGUUGGGAGUACGUUGUGGGCUUGGAUGAACUGAUGAGGACUGGCGCUGCCACUGAGGAUACUUCAGGUGCCAAUUUCUGGCUUCAGUACGGUCGACUUUUGUACCGCGCGACUCCCGAGAAUGUCGUCGCUUGGGAUCCUGCCUUGAAUAUUUACCCGAAUGGUACUGCUCGCCCGAAGCCGGUCUUCAGGACUACGAGUCAGUCACGCAUUUAUGAAAGCGCACGUUGGUGGCUAAGCGGCUUCUUCGGCAACAGAGAUGCUCAUGGCUCCCAUGAGCAGUAUGAUCUGGUGGUCCUUCCAGAGCAACUUUACUUCAACAAUACUCUGGCUUCAUACUAUGCAUGUCCAGGCGCACCGGGCUCACAGUCUGGCGGAGAUGACAAAGCGCGAGAAUUUAUUCCUCGUUACCUGGCUGAGGCACGCUCUCGCCUAUCCCCUUACUUUCCUUCUGGCUUUAACUUGACCACACUUGAUGUUCUUGCCAUGCAAACCAUCUGUGUCUAUGAGUUUACUAGUCUGGCUGGCUCUAAAUACUGCUCUUUAUUCACCGAACAAGAGUGGGAAGGAUUUGCCUACAGUCUCGAUCUUCAGUAUUACGGAAACUUCGGUUUUCCUUCGCCCGUCGGCCGCGCUCAAGGUAUCGGUUAUGUAUUAGAGCUUGCUGCUCGACUCAAGCAAGAGCUUAUCACUUCCAGCGAUACCAGCAUUAACUUCACUUAUGAUGAUAAUAUUGCCCAGUUCCCUCUCGGACAACCGUUCUACAUGGACAUGUCUCAUGACGAUAUCAUUGUUUCUGUUAUGGCAGCGUUGAAUUUGGAAUAUUUCAAACAUCCAAGCGCCACAGGAAUGUCUGGCGAUGUUGAUUCACCCUUUGACCGAACAUUUAAAAUCAGCAACAUAACGCCCUUUGGUGCUCGCUUCGUCAGCGAGAUUUGGACCUGCCCGAACGGAGUUGAUUUUGACGACUUGGAUCCAGUUCUAUACACCAACCCUAACCUGGAGUCUACCGAGGAUACUACGAAGUAUAUCCGAUUCGUGCUUAAUGGUGCGCCAUUGCCCAUGACCGGUGUUCUUGGCUGCAAGGGUGCCACCAAUGGAUUCUGCCCUCUAGAUAACUUCUUGGGUGGAAUUCCGGAGUUAAAAGAGAAGGCAAAUUAUCAGGAGGCUUGUUACGGGCACUGGCUGAACGACAGUCAGGUGGAUGGCGUUUCCGACAUUCCCGUUGAAGCUUUCCUAUCUAAAUAA